GUCCAAGCUGGUGUGGGUGCUAACUUCGGAUACAGAAACAGAAGCAGCAGCAAGAUGAGGCGGCACAGGCCGGAAGCAAGAAGAAGAAGGUGACAGCAGCGCAGUUGCGGGUACAGAAAGGUGUGGGAAGACGUGCGUUUCUCUGAGGACUAUACUCACGACCUCUAGAUCUCUCCGAGUUAUCACUCGGCUCAACGAUGAAGACGCAUUUCCCCAACCCCGACGACAUACUCAACUUCACGCUCACCAUCGAACCCGACGAGGGCAUGUACAAGGGCGGCAAAUUCGUCUUCGACUUCAAGAUCAACCAGAACUUCCCGCACGACCCGCCCAAGGUCAAGUGCACGCAGAAGAUCUACCACCCCAACAUCGACCUGGAGGGCAACGUGUGCCUGAAUAUCCUGCGCGAGGACUGGAAGCCCGUCCUGAAUCUCAACGCGGUGAUUGUGGGGUUACAGUUUCUUUUCCUGGAGCCGAAUGCGUCGGAUCCCCUCAAUAAGGAGGCUGCGGAGGAUCUAAAGGCGAACAGAGAGCAGUUCAAGCGGAAUGUGCGGACGUCGUUGAGUGGAGGAAGCGUUAGGGGGCAGACGUUUGAUCGUGUCCUGAAAUGAGAUGCUAUCCGGAGAUGGUGGGGGCACAAAGGUGAUAGAAGAGGGACUGCGUAGAUGGAUGUGGUGUUCAAGGCGUGCAUUUGGGUAACGGCGUCAUCAUGGAAGCGUUGGCGCAGGCAUAAAUGGGGGACUCUCUUUGCCGAAG